GGAGCGCCAGCUGCAACCAACUUAAGGCGUGGCUUCGUUAUAAAAUUUUAUCCCUCAGCACUGAUACACAUACAGAUCCAUCUUCUAUUAGAUAAGCCGUCCGGUGUGUAGUUUAACUCAAGAGUAAAACAUGCAGGUCCACGAUUGCAGUCGCCCUUUGUUAUUUUCCCAACAAGGCCUCCAACAAGUAGCUGCACAUUCACAGGAGGUCUAUAAUAAAGAUUGAGAUGAAGAUUAUGAACAUCAAUGUCAAUCCCCACCGACAUAUCCCGUUGAUAAUUCUUGUCGUAAUUAACUAAGUUCACUUGCUUAACCUGUUUACUUUCGAAAUCGAACCUCUAUUUCACAACAUUAUGAGCAUCAUGGAGUGAUGUGAGCUCUAACUUCUCUCUUCGAACUCUGUAGAGCGGACGACGCUUCAGGCGAAACAGACAGCAAGACGCCACAACAGCGGUGCGCGAUGCUGCCGCUCGCAUCGCGGAUGGUCCUCGGCCGGGUUGGCCUUCCUCUCGAGCAUGCCGGAAGUAGCUUCCCGUGAGCACAAGCAGAAGCAGAAAAUAUCGCAUCUUCAUGAGUCGGGUCAACACGGCGCUGGCAGUGAUCAGCCUCUAGGUACUUGAUCGUCUCGCAGCUUUUGUUCAUACUAUCUACUACUUAAUAUUCCUUUUUUCAAGUUGUAACUGUAAGCAGUCACUUUGUUUUUGUAGAUGAGUCGCGUUUCUACAAUAAGUAGAUGACUCCUGAUGGUCUAGAUCUAUCUCCCCACUGCGACUUCUUUGUAUCAAGAGCAUACUAGUACAGUAUAUGAUGCGGGAGGUAUCAUUUUCUUAUCAGCAUGCUCCUGUUAUUUUCUUAUCAUCAUUAUACAGAGUUUCUCACUCUUGAUCGCCUCGCCGCUUCUCUUCAUAGAAAUACUUCCGCAUCUAAUCAGACACACACACAGACACUCUCAGCGCAAGUCACUUUGUAGCGUGUUGCUUAUACAAAUAGAGAUGAUCUCCCGCCGAUUUGGAUUCCCACCUCGUUGUAUCUUCACUCAAGAUUGUACUAGCCGCAGUUGCUACUUCUCUUCACUGAUGACCAGGGAAAUCCGCCACGCGCGCGCGGAGAAGGAUUCGCCUACUACUGACUGCGCUGACCGCACUCAGAAAAGUCCCGCAGAGCCGCCACCGCAUUUUGGUGGAAGGAGUCCAAAAACCUGCAAAAGACGGCGCCGCCCAAAUGCCGCCAAAAACUGCAGCAAAAUCGGAACCGUGUCCGGGUGUUUUGGUUGGUUUUUGGUUGUGUGCUGUGUCUCCACCGCAAAAGGGCUCUGCUUUCACGCGCCUGCCAUGUCUUUCCGCUCCGACGGCAGUCGGGUGCUUCGCUUGCUGCCGAUGAAUCCUGACGGAAAGGCGGUGGCCAGGUCUGCGGAAGUGUCGCCGCCAAUGAAUUUGGCUCCGGCGCGUGGGGUCUGGCUGCUGGUUUUUUCUGUCCGUGUCUGUGCCUUCUCCCCAUGUGUCCAGCGUGACGGCAUCGCGCUGGCCAGGUGUGUCUGUGGGAGUGUCGUUGGUAAUUUGCUGAGGCGCUGCGCAUGGGGAUGCGGCUGCAAUCUUUCGGCUCUUCGCCUCCUUUAUUUGCUGGCCUUCGCUGUCCUUCUUGGGCUGGGUUGUGCGUUUGCGUGUAGGCUGCAAAACGACGCGCCUCCAUCUUGGUGGCUUGCGUGUAGGCAGCAGAACAGGGGCUGGAGCUUUUUAGAUAUUGGGUUACGGCUUGGGAUUCUCAGGCGCCUCCCCAGUCGGACGAGUCAGUGUGGCGUGUCUGAAGUGCGUGGGGAGUGCGUUGCGCGUCGUCGUGGGCAGGGGGGCGCCCGCGUAGUUCAUGAACCGCGACCGCAUGGCGCUGGUCAGGUCGUUGAGGUUUUGGACUUGGCGCCCGAGGGUCUGGCUGCUUGUUUUUUCUGCUCGUGGGUGUGUCUCCUCCCUAUGAAUCGCGACGGCAUGGCGCUGGCCAGGUCUGUGGGUGUGUCGCGUGCCGUUGGGGCUUUGGCUUUGGUGCCUGGGGGUCUGGCUGCUUGUUUUUUCUGUUUGUGUGUCGAUCUUCUCCGCAUGAAUCGCGACGGCAUGGCGCUGGCCAGGUCUGUGGAGGUGUCGCCGAGCUUGUGGACCUGGCGCCCGGGGGUCUGGGUGCUUGUUUUUCUUGUUUGUGCGUCUCCUUCUCAUGGAUCUCAACGGCAUGGUGCUGAGCAGGUCUGUGGGGGUGUCGUUGGGAAUGUGGCCUCUGCGCCUGAGGAUCUGGCCCAGAUUCUUCGGCCUUGUUUCGCCUCUGUUGUUCUUUUUCGUGGGGUCUCUUUGGUCGUUUGCGUGUAGGCUACAGAACGCGGCGCGUUUUUCUAUCUUGGUGGUUUUACUUUGGAAGACCAUUCGCUUGCGAAAUCGCUUCUGCGCUUCUCACUGUGGCGGUGGCAGUUGUGCUUUUGUCUUGCUGUGGCUUAGGUUGCGGGGGUUGUGUCUUGAGUGAGAUGCGGAAGCUGUGGGGGUUGUGUCUUAAGUUGUGGGGGAUGUGAGCUAAGCUGCAUGAAGGAGCCUUAUGAAAACGCCGCACUUUGUUCUUUGGCUGUUCGAAUUUGAGCACCAACAUGAGACUCGAAAGAGCCGCGCGGGCUUUAGGGUGUUCAAAUUCGAACAGCCCGAGGGCAGUGGGCCUGGGCCUUUUCGUGAGUAUGCUUUCUGUCUGCGCACAACUCGCGCACGCGCUCGCCGCCUCCACCUCUACCUCCACAAGACAACUCGCCACAGCUUUCACAACUUCCACAACUUAGGAAACGGCCGCCACAACUUUCACCAAGACAACUCGUCCCACAACUUAGGGCACAACUUCCACAACUUUCCAGAGCUUAAAAGCAAUAGCGUGCAGCCUUUUCGUAGGGUUUUGGCCUGUCUCGUGGUCUAUGUGUAGGCUACAGAACAAGGCAGCUUUCUAAACACUGGGCGCGGGCUGGGGACUCUCAGGCGCCGCGCCACUCCAGUCGGACGGGGGUGGCUUCUCUGAACUGCGUGGGGAGAGCGUUGCGCGCCGUCGUGGGCAGGGAGUGAGAGCGAGGGCGCCUGCGUAGUUUGUUAGCAUGACAGCCAGACGGCAGACGGCGCGCCUUGGGUGUUUCUGUGUGCCAUCUGGCAGCCAGCUUGUGGGCCUUGCUUUCACUCGGUAGCGAUGGUGUGUCACGGCGGUGCCAUCGAUCGGGGCCGCGGGUGGUCUUCUUUCUUCCCUUUGCUUGACGGAUUUCUUUUUACUGGCCCCCGAGGCCAGGGAUGUAAGGCAAACACUGACUCUCACACGUAAUCAGACGGAUUACGCAGCAAUUGCUACUUCUCUUCAGUGAUGACAUCUUCCUUCACGUGGAUUCUCUUUGUUUCUCCUUGCUUUCUUAUAAAGUAGCAGCCUCGUCGCUUUUUGUUGGUCAUGAUCUGAGUCCAUCGGGAUGCCAUGAAGAUCCACAAAGAUCUGAAGGACGAAGGCCACCAAAAUGACCAAGAUCGCCAGGCGAAAACGGUAAACAAAGCGGCCCGGAGCACCAUCCAAACGCCUGACGGGUUUACCGUCGCGCGGGCUCCUUUUGUUUCUCUUCUCUCUCGUUCGUUGUUUCAAUAACUCAGGUCCGCCAGGCAAGGAAGCGUGCGGCGCACUUAUCCUGUCGCUACAGAGCCGGCUAGCUUGGAGCGAACACGCUUCGGGGAGCCUAAUUAGCAAAAGGCAGGAACUGGCGGAAUCGAUGGAGGCGUACGAAAAUGCGAAAGGCGGUCUGAGCAUUAAACAAGGACUCUCUCUCUUUUCUAUAAAUUUGAAUUGGCUUGCCAUAAAGGAAAUAGGAAUAUAUAUAGACACCAGACCAUAUCCUUAACGGCGGCGCAGAGGGCGCCGCCGGUCUAGUUCUUUUAGCGGCGCAGCCGCAGAGAGCGCCGAGGGUGCUGGUUAGACUAAUUGGCUGGCUGCGUUUAUUGUGAUUGCGAUCGAGAAAGGACAAUGGGCGCGAAGCAAAGAUCUGAAAACUCAAAAAACGGACUGGACAGAGAUGCCUUCCUGUCUUGUUCUACAUUCGUGAGGCGGUUCUACAUUCGUGAGGCGCGAAUCAAUGGACUUCCCGGCCAUAUCUCGUGACCGGUAUCACGCAGGUAGUAUGGCCAUGGAGUCCAAAUGCAUGAAGGCCUCCACCUGUUGCCGCGAGGUCCUUGGACUUCCCGGCCAUAUUUCGUGACCGGUGUCACGAAGUAUGGCCAUGAAGUCCAUUUGCGCCAAAACUGGUUAACAGUGAAGGCCUCCACCGCGCCUGUUGCCACAGUGUCCUUGGACUUCCCGACCAUAUUUCGUGACCAGUGUCCUGAAGUAUGGCCAUGUGGUCCAAAUGCCUGCAGGCCUCCACCUGUUGCCACAAGGUGGUCCCUUGACUUCCCGACCAUAUUUCGUGACCAGUGUCACGGAAUAUGGCCAAGCGGUCCAAAUGUGUGAAGGCCUCCACGUCCAUCUGUUGCCACGAGGUCCUUGGGCUUCCCGGCUAUCUUUCGUGACCAGUGUCACGAAGUAAUGAAGUCCAAAAGCUUGCAGGCCCGCAAAUUAAACCUGACCCAUGAAGGCCUCUACCAGUUGUUGGCCAAAGCUUGGACUUCCUGGCCAUAUUUCGUGGCAAGUGCCUCGCAGUAUCGUCAUGAAGUCCAAGCGCAUGGACGCUCUUGAACUUUCGGACCAUAUCUAGUGCGCAAAGCUUCGAAAUAUGGGGAGCAAGGCGUACCGGUUUGGACUUCCUGACCAGAUUCCGUGGCCAAUGUCUCGAAAUAUCGCCAGGAAGUCCAAAUGCGUGGACGCUUUUACUUGUUUGGACUUCGCGACCAUAUUCCGUGACCAGAGCCUCAAUAUUGUCAGCAAGUCCAAACCGGUUGUCCUGAAACACGCCUGGCCUUCCCGGCCAUAUAUUAGCUUGAACAAGAAGUGGGAGCUUCUUAAGAAGCUUCCUUAAGGUGCCUCCUUAAGAAGCUCUCUUAAGCGGCUCUCUUGAGAAGCUCUCCUAAGAGCGGGCUCUUGAGGGACCCCUUCUAAAUUCUUUUAUUAUUUUGUUACAAAACUUGUAACAAAUUCCCGAUUCAUAUUUGUAUACUUAGUUAUAAUUAUAUUUGUACUUAGCAAUAGCAUUUAUUUGUUGUUGUUGUUGAUGUUAUAUAUUCGAUGUCUUUCGUUUCUUAUGGUACUCCUCUAACUUUCCAUCAUACUCAUAGUGUAUUUCUUUUUUCCUUGCUUGUGGUAACUUUUAUCUUCUGACUGCGCUAUUAACAGGUUUGUAACUCAACAUAGGAUAGCUACGGGAGGAGGUGGGCGAGAGUUACAAUUUGAAAUUUUGAAUUAUGAUUGAUUAUUCCCUCUCUGGGAUCUUCAGGAAAUGAUCUACUUAACCACUUGCUCAGGAACCAUAAUCGUUUAUCUGUAGAGGAGCGAGACUAUCCAACCUACUGAGUUUUUGAGUAAGGGAACGGGCAAGUAGCUAGAGCUGAGCACAAAUGAUUGCGAAUUUUCACCCUGGACUGAAAAUCAUUUGAUUCCUGUUGGGCAACAUUAUUGAUUGACAGUCUCCUUUCUGAAUCUCAGCAGGGUUACUAAUUGUUUUUCUUUCUGGGAUCUUCUUGAGCAAUUAUUUAUUUUUUGAGCUCGACCAUGACCUCUAAGAACAAGUGCGAGCAGGACAAACAAGGUGCGCCGACGGAGGAGGAGGAUGCCAGGGUGAAAAGGGAAAAAGUGGAAGAGGAAGUGAAGAAGACGGAAGACGAAGUAAAGCCGAAAGCAGAGGAGAUGUUAGACAGAUUAGAAAAGCUCAAGAAGAAGCUGGAAGAUGUCGAGAUUCCCAGGGCGAAGAAGCUGAAGGUGUGCCACAUGUCGGAUAGUUAAGGCUUCCGCUAGCUCAUCUCUCUAUCAAGUGCAUGAGGAUCUUCCCUGAACCUUAUUAUUAAACCACAUCAACGGAUGAGUAUCAGUAUAUUGAUAUUCUUCGAGGGAAGAUGAUCCCCACGUCGACAGGGAUGAAACAAGCGGGGUAGCUCCAACAGACCGCGACCGAUGCGGCCAACAAAGAAAUCUCGAGCUUUGAAGACGAGACUCGUCGCGAUGCUCUCGAACUAUAUACAACUAUGUUAAUCACAGCAGGGGAACUGAAUGAUAUCCGCCAUGCCCUGGAGUUGGAUGUAAAAGUUAAGGACUUUCAUAAACUCAUGCGAUAGCUGUUUUUUUGAAUCCUAAUGGGAUAGCCACAGGUGGAUUAGAUGGUGGGAGACAGGAGUUGUACGAGCUGCAACUUUAAUAAAAUGAGACUGGUUUAUUAUAUCACAGACAACCCAGCAUUCAACAGCAUGUAAAUCUAAAUGUAUAACAUUCACUGUGUAUUCUUGAUUCAUAACCUAACCAACCUUGUUCCCUUCCUCGCAUGAUCAUUUUUUGCUGAAGUCUGUCAAGAAUCUGAAGUUUUGAGCUCUACCUCUAAGAAUACUUGUGAAAAAAAACUGGAGCAGCAAAAGGCAGGGGAUAGUAUGCAGGUGCUUAUCGCAUUUUCGUACUUAUAAUUCAAUAAAAGUAUGUUGUGGUUGAGCGUAGGUAUCUGGAACUAUUGUUCAUUGUACUAGUAAGAAAUACAUCGGGUUUUAUGACUCUUUAAGUCGACGUGUAAAAGAUGAUAUGUGAUACUCAUCGUCAUGAUACAACUUAAUCUUUAUGGCCAGGCCGAACAGAAGUCUUCUACGGCGCACGCGGCGGAACCACAUCAAGCGGAACUGCAGCCUUCUUAAGGCGACCGUUUCAGCACCCUCAAUAUUAUCCUUGGCUCUUUCCUACUUGAAAAAGAAGCCAAGAAUGCUCCCGGGGUGGUGGAUGCCAGCGUGGUAUCUCUAACAGGAGAAGGCGAACCAGGAGGAGGAGCCUAGUGACGCGACAAAACUGAUGUCGAUGAAACAGGAGAAGGAACAGAAGGAGGAGGAUACAGCCACACCGGAGGUGGAACCACAGCAGAAGAUCGAGGAAAAAGUGGAGGGGGCGCCGUCUGGUGCACCGGGAUGUUGUAAGUAAUCUGAGAGGAAGUAUGAAAUUUAUGAAGUAGGAGUAAUCUAGUAGAAGAUGAGUCGACAAAAUCAGCUCUGUUGAAAAUGAAUAAGAAUAUCAUUCAACUAGUAGUUAGCUGCCAGAGGAGCAGCCACCAGCACCACGCUCCUGCCUCCAAGGACAAGUGACCUGUAGUUCUGGGGGUUCGGUCAUUACAAAUCAAUGGAUCUCGUCAUGCAGAAUAGCCUUCAUCGAUAGAAACCGCAUGCAAUGAAAACCUCAGCGUAUCGUGACAAUGAGGAUUCCAAGAACUAGACCUGGUUCUACGUUAGCGAAUCAUGAGCUUACAAAGACCACAGAAUGAGCAUAUUUCAAAGACAGACCAAACGUAGUUUGACGCCUAACAGGCCGUGAGUAGCAAUCUAUACCACUUUCUGUAUCCCAUCCACGUCUAGAUAAGUAUUCAUAAAGAUAAUAUUAUUUUAUUACAUCGUGAACAAGAAGAUCAUCACAUUCUCAACAUCGAAGAACUCGAAGAAGCUCCGCGUGACUGAGCCUCGUUUUGUCACAAUAUUCAUAUCUGAAGACGACUGUGAACAUAAACAAAUUCAUAAAAAGAUAUUCUGCCGUUGCACAUAUGAAUCGACGAUUAUAUUGCUUGUGCCUAUCAACUUAAUCAUGAAAAAGGACACCGAAAUCAGUUUUCAAGAACACUCUUUGUAUACGAUAAGAUUGUUAUCCAUUAUAGUUAAUAGUUGUUCAUCAUGUGAAGAUGUAGUGCUGGAGGUCGGAAGAUUCUCGCCCGUGAUCAUGAGGGCACUGCCACUCCUGACAUAUUCCCUGCACACUGCUUCUAACAUCAAACUGUGUUCUCG